AUGUCUACCACCAACGUCGAGCAGCCUACAGCCAGAAACAGUCUCUUUACCAGCGUCAAGAGCUACUUCGCCAAUCUUGGUUUGUCUACCAGCAAUCUGCUCACCGAGCACGCUGCAUGCACCCACCACGAAGACCUCGUUGACGGUUCGGAUGGAGCCGACGCAGCCAAGACACGCACCCCUUCCCCAAUCACAGAAACCAUUGCUCCCGGACGGUUACGUUCUCUGUUUCCGCCAAGCAACUAUGGUGCUGUUGUCCCAGGCAGUGUGUACCGAAGCAGCUAUCCCCAGGCAAAGAACUUCGACUUCUUGCAGAGCCUGAAGCUAAAGACGAUCAUCACCCUCGUGCCUGAGGGGAUUCCGGAAGACUAUCAAGAGUUCAUGAAGUUGGCCGGCAUCCAGCACUUCCAAGUGCACAUCAACGCCAACAAGGGCGCCGUGCGCGUCCAGAGCUGUGAUAUCAACCGCGCUCUGAACAUUGUUCUCGAUCGCACCAAUCACCCCAUCCUCAUUCACUGCAACAAGGGCAAGCAUCGCACUGGCUGUGUUGUUGCUACCAUGCGACGCAUCCAGGGAUUCGACAUCGAGGCCAUCCGCCACGAGUACCACACGUAUGCCGACCCGAAGGCCCGUUUCUGGGACGAAGUCUUCUUCGAGCACUUCGAUGUCAACACGGUCAUGUGGCUUGCGCGGAAGGAGAAUUGGGUGCUUCCCGAGGUCGAUGGUGCUCCCAUCUCGCCUCCGCCCUCACCCGUCUCGUCGCUGGCCGUCGCGAAGCCGUUGGCAUAA